AAACAGACAUAAACAGUGCCAGUGAAGAUUCGUGUCCAAGAGAGGAGAAUGUUAUAAACCGAACUUGCCUGAAGAGAUGUGAAACUCACGAAGAUUGCGUAAGCAGGAAGAAAAAAUGUUUAUGUGACGGCCAGUGUGGUAUGAGCUGUGUAAAUAAAAAUAUCAGAUGCAAAGCUAUAAACACCAAAAUUUCCAAUGGCAAAGUAGUUAUCUUUCCUUUCAACCAAUUCGGUGCAGUAGCCAAGUAUUCCUGUGUGGACUCAUACAAUCUAGUUGGCGUCUUCAUGAGAGUAUGCCAAGGAGAUCUUUCCUGGAGUGGAGAAGAACCAAAAUGCGUUCUCAACACGGUAGAUCGCACCGAAAAAAACCAAUGCGGAGACCCUCCUACCGUACAUCAUGCUGAACAUGAUGGUGAUAAAAGCCUGAAGGGCUACCCAAAUGGUCACAUGUUGGAUUAUCGCUGCAAGAAGGGUUUUUCAGCCAGACGAGAUAGUGUGUUCCGGGCUUGGUGUGUUGGCGGAGGCGUAUGGGUUGGUCCCAAUAUGACUUGUUCUCAUGCUGGGUGUCCACUCCUGCCUCAGAUAGAGAAUGGGCGUGUUGAAAUUCUCCCGCCAAGUAUGAUUGCCUCCAAGGCUCAGUACUCAUGUUUCCAAGGAUUCCAUCUUGCGGGGCGGGCCACACGGACGUGUCGGCCAGAUGGCACAUGGGACGGAAUGGAGCCGAGUUGCGAGAGAGAUGCAAAAUUUAACAUGGUGGUCUGUAAUCAGCCACCAAGUAUUGAGAAUGCACUUCACAAUGCACCAAGAGAACAAGCAAGGUUCCCAGCCGGUACUGAAUUGAUGUACACUUGUCGUUCAACUUAUACGGCGAGCGGCUAUCAACGUGCUAUGUGUAAAGGUGACGGUACUUGGAGCGGACCUAAAAUGACAUGUACAAAAUCUGAUGCUACAGAGCCCGAAACAGAUUGUAAGUAUCCGGGAGAGGUAUCCAAUGGACGACGGGAAGGUCAAGAUUUCCGAUAUCCCGCAAAAGUGACAUAUUUUUGCAAUGAAGGUUUCCAGUUGAUCGGCAAUCCUGUGCGAGAGUGCCAGCUAAAUGGACAGUGGUCAGGAUCUCUACCACUAUGUAACCCAAUACGUUGUGAGAAACUUGGACCACCAUUAAAUGGCUUUAUUACUGGAUCAGGUGAAACGUACAAUACAGUUUUGCGUUUCUCAUGCCCAGAAGGAUAUAAGCUUGUUGGAUCAGCAGAGCGUCGCUGCAUGUCGGACGGAGAAUGGAGUGGACAGCUGUCGCGAUGCCAAGAAAAAAACUGCGGUCUUCCAGGCCCUUUAUGGAAUGGGUAUUUAGAUGGCCACAGAACAACAGUCGGAGCGGUGUUUUUCUUCAGAUGCAAUGUAAGAACAACAUUUGACGGACCAUCAUUUUCCACACAAUGUCAGGAUAAUGGAGCAUGGUCCCAUCCACCACCGAAAUGUUGGGGUCAAUGCCAAGUACCAUCAAUUUUAAAUGGUACCGUAAUGCACAGUCGUGAAGGUGUGUGGGUCGAUCACGAAACAUUCAUUAAUUUUCGCUGUAGAGAAGGUCUAGUUCUCAAUGAUACGUCAGAUAUCAAAUGCAUAAAUGGUUCAUGGACACUUAUUCCACGUUGCAUACCAGGAGAAAUUAAUGCAGAUGUAACAAAGCUACUGAGAACUUCCCAGACUUUUGUGAUAAGUGAGACGCAAUGGUCGAUUUCUCCUGUCACCGCACCAACUCCGAAGAUGGGAACUAUUAGCGGAGUCCCAGAGGAAGAGGCUUGGGAGGCACCUUGCUCAGCUCAGCCGCCAAAUAUUGAAAAUGGAAGGCGUGUUUAUAUUGGAUGGAAGCAUGGUGAUAGAGCGAAAUAUAUGUGUUUUCAAGGAUUUCGCUUACGUGGAGAUUUACACAUGACCUGCAGAUUUGGACGUUGGGUAGGUUCGAGACCUUACUGUGAUGAGAUUUUUUGCCCAAAUCCCGGGAAGCUUGAAAACGGAAAGAUUCAUAAAAAGGGCCAAAUCGGGAAAUUUGAAUUUAAAGCCUAUAUUGUAACUAUAAGACAUGGUGAUCGUUUAUUAUAUGAAUGUGACCGUGGUUAUGAACUAGACGGAGCAAGUGGUGCUACUUGUGUUGAUGGAAAUUGGAGUCCAAUUGAAAAACCAGAGUGUAAACCAGGUCAACAUCCAAUUUUGCACAAGCUAUGGAAACCUAUAGAGGAACAAGCUCAUUCUAAUCAGUAUUACUUGUAAUUGAGAAAGGAAAAUGAGAGAGCGUCGUGGGAGACAUAAGAUGGCGAAAAGAAAAAAAAUUCAAAGAUAUAGAAGUUGAAAACUAAGAUUAAAUACAUCAGAACUAAACACUAUACAGAAAUGGAUUUACGUAAUGAUGUCUGAUUUAACAUAAAAUAAAAUCAGAUAUUCAUAUUCUUUUGAGAAUAUACAUUUCUUUCAUGGGAAUAUACACAAGAUUGGCAUGCUAAUAAUGAAGCAUGUUGCGAAAUUGGUUCAUUUCCUUUCGACUUGUAGGUAUGAUUUGAUUGAGAGGACAGUUCCUUCUAAAGUAAUUCCUAUGAGGAUGAAGCAUAACGGGCUAUUUGAAUAUAGCUGACAUUUCUAACGAAGUGGUAUGUCAAAUAUACUCAUUAUUUUAAGCGUAUGAUCAAAUCAAAGCUUAAGACGAAGCGUGCAAUAUCAUAUACAUACAUAAAAUGAGAACAACGCAUAUACAUAUAUAUAUACAUAUAUAUAUAUAUUGAUAUACAUAUGCAUAUAUAUAUAUAUAUAUAUAUAUAUAUAAUGAUACACACAAAUGCAUAUAUAUGUAUAUAUAUA